GGCUCAUGGAACCGGCUGUUCGGGCUGCUCCUUGUGGACCAGCCGGUGGGCACCGGCUACAGCGUGGCGGGCGCCGGCAACAGCAGCAUACCCACCGACGAGAUGGGCAUGGCCACCCACCUGUACACCGCGCUGCAGGGCUUCUACCGGGCGCAUGCGGAGCUGGCGACCCGGCCGCUGUUCAUUACCGGAGAGAGCUAUGCGGGCAAGUACGUUCCCUCCAUCGCCCACUACAUCCUACAAGCCCAAGAUGACUACCUCACCACCACCACCGCCUCCACCGCCACCACCACCACCACCGCCUCCACCGCCACCACCCCUACUCCUCCCUCCUCCCAGCCGCCUGCUCCUCCUUCCCUACGCCAACGCCGCGCCCUACCACCCAACAUCGUCCCCCCGCUGUUCCGCCUCACGGGUCUGGCAAUCGGCAACGGCCUGACCGACCCACGGGCCCAAACCCAGACCCUGGCUGCGGCCGCCUUCUACGCGGGGUUGCUGCCGCCCGCUCUGAGGGACGAGGUGGCGGGGCGGGCGGCGGCGGUGGUGGCGCUGAUAGAUGACGGCAAGUGGGCGGAGGCGCACCAGCAGCGGGAGGAGCUGCGCAGCUUCAUCAGCAAUGUGACGGGCCUGGCCACCAUGUUCGACACCCGGAGGACGCAGGACUAUGACCCCAACAAAACCGUCGACCGCUUCUUGAACCUUCCAGAGGUCAAGUCCCUGCUGG